CACGGGAGAUGCUCGCUCUUCCCGGCGAGGCGACUCAAGUCUCCCGGUCCCUCCAGGAGGUCAAGACACCCCGCAGACAGAUCCUAAGAACCGGCACCCAGAAUCUGGGAAGACCGCAGGGCUCUACCUUCCACUUCCGGGAUGGCGGCCCGCGAGGCUCAAGGCGCGCCGCUCGCUCCCAGCCCAGCGUCUCCGCGGCCCGCCCGCCGCUCGCUCCUCUCGCCCGCCCCGCCGAGUCCGCCGGGCGCGCGCAGCUCCACUUCCGGCGUGCGAGGCGGUGACAAUGGGAGCGGCGCGGGCGGCGCCGGGAGGCAGCUGACAGGCGUCUGCGGCUCCGCUUCAUGGCCGCUCUCCCGCGCAGCCUGCGCUGUGUGAGGAGCCGGGCAGCCCGCGGCGGUCUGCAGCCGGGGCCGGAGGCCGUCCGGCCGAGCUGGGACGUGGGAGCCGCGCCGCUGAGGCGCAGCAUGUGAAGCGGAGACGGCCUCGAGCGCGGGGCGAGCCUCUCAGCCGGCCGGCAUGGCCACGACGGCCGAGCUCUUCGAGGAGCCUUUUGUGGCCGAUGAAUACAUCGAACGUCUUGUGUGGAGGACCCCAGGAGGUGGUUCUCGAGGUGGACCUGAAGCUUUUGAUCCUAAAAGGUUAUUAGAAGAAUUUGUGAAUCAUAUUCAGGAACUCCAGAUAAUGGACGAAAGGAUUCAAAGGAAAGUAGAGAAGUUAGAACAACAGUGUCAGAAGGAAGCUAAGGAAUUUGCUAAGAAGGUCCAAGAGCUCCAGAAAAGCAAUCAGGUUGCCUUCCAACAUUUCCAAGAACUGGAUGAGCACAUUAGCUAUGUAGCCACCAAAGUGUGUCACCUUGGAGACCAGUUGGAAGGGGUAAACACACCUAGACAGCGUGCAGUGGAGGCUCAGAAAUUGAUGAAAUAUUUUAAUGAGUUUCUAGAUGGAGAAUUGAAAUCUGAUGUUUUUACAAAUUCUGAAAAGAUAAAGGAAGCAGCAGACGUCAUUCAGAAGUUGCAUCUGAUUGCCCAGGAGUUACCUUUCGAUAGGUUUUCAGAAGUAAAAUCCAAAAUUGCAAGUAAAUACCAUGAUUUAGAAUGCCAACUGAUUCAGGAGUUUACUAGUGCCCAAAGAAGAGGGGAGAUCUCCAGGAUGAGGGAAGUAGCAGCAGUUUUACUUCAUUUUAAGGGUUAUUCCCAUUGUAUUGAUGUUUAUAUAAAGCAGUGCCAGGAGGGUGCUUACUUGAGAAAUGAUAUAUUUGAAGAUGCAGCAAUACUCUGUCAGCGAGUGAACAAGCAAGUUGGAGAUAUCUUUAGUAAUCCAGAAGCUGUACUGGCUAAACUUAUUCAGAAUGUGUUUGAAAUCAAACUACAGAGUUUUGUGAAAGAUCAGUUAGAAGAAUGUAGGAAAUCGGAUGCUGAGCAGUAUCUCAAAAGUCUCUAUGAUCUGUAUACCAGAACCACCAAUCUUUCCAGCAAAUUGAUGGAGUUUAACUUAGGUACUGAUAAACAGACUUUCUUGUCUAAGCUUAUCAAGUCCAUUUUCAUUUCCUACUUGGAAAACUAUAUUGAAGUAGAGAUUGGAUAUCUGAAAAGCAGAAGUGCUAUGAUCCUCCAGCGCUAUUAUGAUUCAAAAAACCACCAAAAGAGAUCCAUUGGCACAGGAGGUAUUCAAGAUUUGAAAGAAAGGAUUAGACAACGUACCAACUUACCACUGGGGCCAAGUAUUGAUACGCAUGGGGAAACUUUCCUAUCUCAAGAAGUGGUAGUUAAUCUUUUACAAGAAACCAAACAAGCCUUUGAAAGAUGUCAUAGGCUUUCUGAUCCUUCUGAUUUACCAAGGAAUGCCUUUAGAAUUUUUACCAUUCUUGUGGAAUUUUUAUGUAUUGAGCAUAUUGAUUAUGCUUUAGAAACGGGGCUUGCUGGAAUUCCAUCAUCAGAUUCUAGGAAUGCAAAUCUCUAUUUUUUGGAUGUUGUACAACAGGCCAAUACUAUUUUUCAUCUUUUUGACAAACAGUUUAAUGACCACCUUAUGCCACUAAUAAGCUCUUCUCCUAAAUUAUCUGAAUGCCUUCAGAAGAAAAAAGAGAUAAUUGAGCAGAUGGAGAUGAAAUUGGAUACUGGCAUUGAUAGGACAUUAAAUUGUAUGAUUGGACAGAUGAAGCAUAUCUUGGCUGCAGAACAAAAGAAAACAGAUUUUAAGCCAGAAGAUGAAAACAAUGUUUUGAUUCAGUAUACUAAUGCAUGUGCAAAAGUCUGUGUUUAUGUAAGAAAACAAGUUGAGAAGAUUAAAAAUUCCAUGGAUGGGAAGAAUGUGGACACAGUUCUGAUGGAACUUGGAGUACGUUUUCAUCGGCUCAUUUAUGAGCAUCUUCAACAAUAUUCCUAUAGUUGUAUGGGUGGCAUGUUAGCAAUUUGCGAUGUAGCUGAAUAUAGAAAAUGUGCCAAAGACUUCAAGAUUCCAAUGGUAUUACAUCUUUUUGACACUCUGCAUGCACUUUGCAAUCUCCUGGUCGUUGCUCCGGAUAACUUAAAGCAAGUCUGCUCAGGAGAACAACUUGCCAGUCUGGACAAGAACAUCCUUCACUCCUUCGUACAACUUCGUGCUGACUAUAGAUCUGCCCGCCUAGCUCGACACUUCAGCUGAGUUGAAGUUACAAAGGAAAUGUGUUGUAUUUCAGAAGGCCUCGAGUGAUAGAAAGCACAGAAGAUAGAUUCCUUAUGACACAGCCAAUGUUUUAUGUGAAAAAAUGAUUGGAAGAAAGCAGCAGCCAUACUUACCCAGGAAUUUCAUUGAAAGUUGGACACCAUUAGCUAUAUUUUGCUUUUUACUUUUCCCUAUUACAUUGAAUUCCAUACUUUAAUUUAUAAAUUUCAAAUUCUAUAAACCUAUAUGUGACUGUUAUAAUCCUGAAAAACGUUGGUGUGAGAAGAUGAAUGAGUUUCACCAGUGUUUGGGUUCUUGAUCUCUAAUGCAUUCUCUCUGGAAACCCUACCAUUCCUGUUUUGAUUAAAGUAGGUGAAGUGCAGUAAAACUAUACUUCUUAUUUAUCAGUUCUUCAGUUAACUUUUUAGUACCGGUGAUUGUUAAUUAAGUUAUUAGGUUUUCCGAAAGAACUUGUAACAACUCAAAAAGACCACAGUUGAGCAUCAUUUCUAUAGGUGGAUGGGGGGCUUUUCCUGAGGUACAGCAAUACUAGUACAGAGAAAAUGUUAUGAACUAAACUAAAAUGAUGAACUGUUCUAAGUAGAUGGUAGGAACAAAUCAGAAUAUAUCUGCUUUCUGGGUAAAAGGUCAAGUUUACUAUUUCUUAUUUGAUAAAUAGAUUUAAGCCAAUUAAUUAGUAAGAAAUUAAUGAAACUACCUUAUUUUACAUUUAGCUUAAGGUGGAAUACUUUAAAGGACCAUGUUUGUUAUUUUAAUACUCUGAGUAAAAAAGUGACAUAUAGUGUAAAUGAUAUUUAAGAGAAAUAGCAACAUGUUUAGCAACAAUGCAGUCAGUCCCUUAAGACCAACCUUGAAUGAAAUGGGAUGGCUAAACAUGCAGUAGUCUUCUAUUAUAAGAGGAAUUGAGAAUUUCAGGUAAUAAAUAUUACGUAUUCCAAGUUUGGAGGCAAGCUCACAGCAAAAGCCUGCUUUUCAGUUCUGAAGAUUCUUUCAUUGUCCAUUUUCAAGGCAUUUCUGAAGUUAUUCCUACUUGGAUAUUAUUGAUUGAAUUGGCUUAAUAUGGUACAAUAAUAAAGCACUCACAAAAGUUUAAACAUCACAUAAAAAUUUAGAAAGGUCAUUGCUCUGUAAACCCUAUUAACUUACUCUGUGAGAAUACAUUCUAAGUUAUAUAUAUAUAUAGUCCAUUAGAUUGUUCAUGGUCUUCUAGGACCUAGGUAAGCUGUAAUAUUCAGCUCAUUCAGAGCAUUGUUUUCUCUUAGGGUUUGGCCUAAUUUGGGGUGAAUUGUUUAUUUCUUCUGAGAACCUCACUCUGAAUAGUUUCCAACAUUACCAAGCUGUCUAAUGCAGAGCUAGCUACUGUACAAGUUACUGUUGACUGUAUUUCCAUUUUCUGUUUAGCCCAGUGUUACAAAGGUAAGCAAGGGCAAUGAGCAUGCCAACUUUUGUCACUUUUAUAAGACAUUGUGGCAGUUUUCGAGGCUUUCCAGACAGCAAUCCUCAGACCAGGGAGAACCAGAACAGGUGUGGAUACUAGAAAAGCUCUAUACUUGUACUGUUGCCACUUCAGAAAGCACUGAUGGGAUUCAAAUUAUACCUCUGUUACUUCAAGCCAACAGUUUUCAGACAGUAGUUUUACUGGCCAUUUGAACUCUUUGUACAGUGUCAAUUUGUAAAAAAAAAAAAAAAGAAAGAAAGAAAAAAAAAGAAAAAAAAUCAAAACAUGAGAUAACAUUUUAAGACUUCCAAAUCAGAGAAGCACUUCAAAUUAUUUUGUUUGAAUUAAUUUUUAAAAUUGUAAAGCAGUUACUUGUUUAGAUAUUUUGUUAAUUAUUAUUUCAUUUCCAUGCUUGAAUUCUGUGCAAUAUUUUCCAUUAUGUCCACUGACAGGACAAAGAAAAUUCAAAGUGAAUACCUUAUUUAGAAGUGUUAACUUUCAUGCUCAAUAAACAAAUUCCCUGCAAUUGUUUUUUUUAUUUCACCCAAUUUUUACAUCUUAAGAACAUCUAUAAUGAAUUCUAUAUUUGAUUUUUUUACUAAAAGUAUUCCUUAUUUUUCAUAGUUUAGAUUUCUCCCUUUUUUAGCAGAAAGGAACAUGACUACAUAAUCAAGAUUUAAAAAUCUAACUAGAGUAGGGUGUUUCUCUAAAGAAAUAAAAAUAUGUGUUGUAUAAACAAGUAUACAUUCUUUGCAUUUCACUCUUAAAGUAUUUACAUAUAUGGGUAUCAUAAAAUUUAGUUCAAAAUGUAUAACUCAAAAAAGAUUGUCAAUAGAUAAAAUACUUUUAUACAUACAUGGGAAAUUUUUAGCUAGACAUAAUGGAGCUUAAUAAAUUUUACCAAAAUUUAAAUAAGAAUCUUUAUAAUAUCACACAGUUCUCUGUGUGAACUACACAUAACAUUUAGGUAUAAAUAUUUCAUUUAAAAUGUGCUCCAAAACACUAAAAAGUGUUUGUCUAAACUUAAGUGUCUUAAUUUGGGAUGCAGAACACAGACUUAAGAAGGAAGGCUAGCUUCUGAAUUACUGGAAAUGAUAGAGCACACAAGCCCUUAUACAUAGGUUUAGAAUACCCCCUGAAUUAAUUGAAAAUGAUAGACUACACUAUGAGCCCUUAUUAAGAAUUAUUAGAUAAUAGUUGGGUGGAUCGAUUUUUAAAAUAUGACAAUGUAACCAUUCCAAGACAGUUACUGGCCUCCUUUAGGAAUGUCAUUGCUGUGAAUCUCUAGGGCUUUCCAUGUUUUAAAAAGUGCUGUUAAGAUAGGUUAAAGGAGGUGAAGUUAAAAUUUAAAGCAGGUAAUUUGUGGUAUAUUUCCUUUGCUCUUUCCAUUUUUCUUUCCUUUUAUGCCUAAAUAUUUUACUUUCUGAAUACUAGCUCCUUACACACAGUGAAGUAAUCAGCCAAUGGAUUGAUUCAAAGUAGAGAAUUUACUGCUUCCUUGAGACGUUUCUGCCUACAUAGUACACAUCCAGAUGAAGAGAUAUUGGCUCCUAAAAUGCCCCUGAACCUCAGAAUGGUCAUAGAUAGCUAAGACAUGCUUGAAUUGUUGGUGCAAGAGUAAGGGGCACUCAGAUUUAUGCCUUGUGACCAGAAAAGAUUAUAUCUCCUGAUUAACAUGGUGUUCUUACAAAAAUAUUCUGUCAUUGCCCACACACUGUCCAUUGCUUUUUCAGGAGUGUGAGAUAUUUUCCAGAAGCCCCGUGGACUUACUUGAUUUCUAACAGAGACUUUGGUAUACAAAGUACUCUGAUUUAUCCAGUUCAUUGAAUUAUGUUCAGUUCCUUUACUACUCUACUUGAGAAGGCUUAUCCUACAAUUUACUACAUAUUUUGGGAAAGAAGACCAGUGCAUAUCAUUAUGCCAAAAUAAUUUUUCAUGAUGUUAAAAAUAGCAAUUUAAAAUUUUAACACACAGUAAAGGUAAUUAUAUCUACAUUUAUUGGACUUAAGUCUCAUGUGCUGGGCUAAGUCCUUUACAUUUAUUGUAGAUUCCAGAGUAACUAUCAUUUGGGUACUAUUAUUUCUGUUUGGCAGGUGAAAAACCUAAGGCACAGAACAGGUAAGGAGACCUUUAAGGUCUAUAGGCUGAAACAGGCUCAGACAAAUCUCGUAUAAUGGGAGUGAAUGAUGUCUUUUUUUAUCAUUUAUAUUGCAUUUUUCUUAUUUGUGUGACAUUAUGUAUAUUGCUUAUUUUGAUAGCCUCAUUAGUUUUACUUAAUUUUCUUUUGAUCCAGUAUUUGAUUCUCAUUGCAAAGUUUAGAUAAUGAGGUUGGAAUACAGGAUCUAUAUCAAGCUACUGUUGGAUUUUUAAAAAUGUUUUAGUGUACAAUCAUGCUAUCUCAGUUGGUGUUUAAAGUUAUAUAAGUAGUCAUGAAAUUUUAAUUCUAUAUUAAGUUUGUAUUUAAUGGAAACCUACCCAUCACAGAGGUUUCCCUUAGUGAAUAUAUUAUACAAUCAUUUCAUAUUUUUUCUGCUUAAUAAUUUUAACAAUAGAAAGAGUCUAGGUUAUUUCAUAAAAGUUUUUGAAUUUUUAUUUUCUGAGAUUAUAAUAAUUACAUAAUUUCCUUCUU